CUCUGUUCUGUACAAUGUUUUCUCUCUUCCUCCCAGUAGUAGUUAACUAUAAAUACAAAGACAAUCCCAGCUCUCCUUUCAAGUAAAACUGCGGUUCUCACAUUGAUUUCUUCUCUAGCUAGCUACUUUACUUUCCCUUCUUCUUGAGAAUCUGAGAAACCAAUCAAGAGAGAAAAUGAGCGUAGAAUUGUUGGAUGGCGCCACAAUCAUCCGUUUCUUGGAGGAUGAAGAAGCGUUCAACAGCUCAGUCUGCAACCGAUUCGCUUGGCUGGACGCCAAUCAUGACGGCCUUCUCUCCUAUGAGGAGAUGUUGAGGGAGUUGCAGAGCUUGAGGGUCAUCGAAACCCAUUUUGGAGUUGACAUAAAGACGGAUCCCAAUGAGCUCACUUGCAUCUACAACUCUAUCUUCCUGCAGUUUGAUCGCGACUCCAGUGGAACUGUAGAUUUGCAGGAAUUCAGUGCAGAGACGAAGAGAAUGAUGCUUGCCAUGGCCGAUGGACUGGGAUUCUUGCCUGUUCAAAUGGUUUUAGAAGAGGAUAGCUUACUGAAGAAAGCAGUCGAGUUUGAAUCAACCAAACUGGCAGCCUAAUCUAAGUGGAUUUGCUGAUGCUCUUUUUCACCGUGUGUGUUUCAGUUUUGGAAAAAUGAUCUUUGUCUGUUCUUCGUGGUUUGUGUUUUUUUUUUUUUUUUUUUUUUUUUGAGGUUCUCUUCUUUGUGUACCGAAUAAAAAACCCAUUUGAAGAAAUUGAAAAUGAAAGGUGCCUUAGAACAUUACUGUGUGGCUUUGAAGCA